AUGAGGAUAUCUCCCUUUCUAAUUAUUUUAUUUUUUGUGUUUUACAAAAAAUUUAAUGUUAAUUGUAUAAUUCAAAAGCAAGAUGUCUACUUGGAUGAUGACUUUAAAAGUUUCACUUAUUUUUUUGCAUCCUCUCCAUCCGCUGAUUUCUUAUCUCGGAUUGUCCACAGUGACGAUUCAAGAUUUGUUCAAAUAAAAAAUAAAAUAGAUAUAUGGAGCAAAACUGUGGACAAGGCAUAUGCCAUAAAUCAAGUUUCUAAUGUUAUUAUGAAAGUAUAUGUAACACUGUUGUUGUUAUUACUAUUACCAUAUUUUGUGUAUAUGGGAAUUUUUGGCAACACAAAAAAUCAUACAGUCUUAGCCUUAUCUUCUAUAUUGAGUUAUUUCGUGCUUUUAAUUACAUUUUAUUUGACUAAUGGAAUUUUAAAUAUUGGAUUUGUUUGUUCCUUGCCAUUAGUAUUUGGAU